AUGCCGUUUGCUGUGGCUCGUCCCAGACAAGACGUCAGCGUGCGCCUCCGACAAGCAAAACAGUCCGAACUCGCCAAGCUUGUCAUGCGAAACCAGUUCGGUGUCGCCUCGUCUCGCUCUGCAACCUCGCCUACGUCCUCGGAGCCUGAGCAGCAUCCUGCUGUUCAGCCUCCUUCUCAUCCUUCAGAUGGCGCCUCCGAUCCUCAACCUCAGCUGCAGUCGCAUGGCACCACCCAAUGCUGCUCCAUGUCUGCCCCUGUAGCCAUACCCGCCGUGGCUUCCGCAGUCAGGAUGAUGAAGGACCUAACCGACACCCCUCCGCUGUCGCAGAGCGUCAACUCUACCGCUCCCAGCUCGCCACGCAUCCCGCCGUUGCGCCAGAACUCGGGCGUUCAGACGCCGAGAGUGCGACCUCAUGCAACGACCCUCAACAUUCCCGGCAUGACCAGGUCCCGUGUCUCUCCCGACGGCAGAAUUCCCCAAAGAGACGUUGCAGCAAAGCUCGUAAUUGUCAUGGUCGGUCUUCCUGCCCGUGGCAAAUCCUACAUCACCAAAAAGCUUCAACGGUAUCUUUCGUGGCAGCAGCAUGAAUCGCGAAUCUUUAAUGUCGGUAACCGCAGGCGUCAUGCGGCUGGAAUCAAGUCUGCAACUUGCGCCAACCCUGGCCAGGAGCAUCAGCGCCCGAACCUCCCAGUUGAAGCUGCCACUAUUCUGUUGAACGGCGUGCCAGCCUCCGACAAUGACAUUCCUCUCGAUCAAGCAGAGCCUACUGCUUUGAACUUGAACUCGACACACAGUGAGGGCCACGAAGCAGUAGACCAGUCCGCCAAAUUUUUCGACCCGAAUAACGAGAAGGCUGCGGCAAUGAGGAACCAGGUGGCCAUGGAAACCCUGGACGAGCUGCUCGACUAUCUUUUGAACCAGGGCGGCGCUGUUGGCAUUCUCGACGCUACAAAUAGCACAAUUAAGCGGCGGCAGCAAGUUGUUGACCGCAUCAGAGAGCGUGAACCCAAACUCGGCAUUCUUUUCAUUGAAAGUAUAUGCAGAGAUCCCCAUCUACUCGAGGCAAAUAUGCGCCUAAAGCUGUCUGGUCCCGACUAUUGCAACAAGGACCCCAUCAAAUCGCUGGAAGACUUCAAGGCCAGAGUUGCGGCGUAUGCCAGCGCAUAUGUGCCUCUGGGUGAGUAUGAGGAGGAGAACGACCUACAGUACAUUCAGCACCGUCUGAAGGGUUUCCUCAGCGGUGGCAUCAGCACAUACCUUUCAAGCUUCAAUCUCUCCCCGCGGCAGAUUUGGAUCACUCGCCACGGGCAAAGCGUGGAUAAUGAGCUCGGCAAGCUUGGCGGCGACUCCAUCCUCACUGAGAGAGGUCAUUGUUACGGCCUGGCGCUGUACAAAUUCAUCACCCAGAAGCGCAAGGAGUGGCUUAUGGAGCAAAAGAGCAAACUGGCCCAGGCAACGUUCCCACCUCUCCCGGGCGACAAUACACCUCCAUAUCCGGAUAUGCACAAGGACUUGAACGAAAAGAACUUUUGUGUCUGGACCUCGAUGCUUCAGCGCAGCGUAGAAACUGCCGAAUACUUUGAUGCCGAUGACGAUUACGACGUCAAGAACUGGGAAAUGCUUAAUGAGUUGAACACGGGGCAGUUUGAAGGCAUGACCUAUGACGAAAUCGCUCGAAAGUAUCCAGAGGAGUUUCAUAAGCGCAACGCGGAUAAACUCAACUACAUCUACCCGGGUGUCGGUGGCGAAGGUUACCUCCAGGUCAUCAGCCGCCUGCGUGACAUGGUCAGGGAGAUUGAGCGCAUCACUGAUCAUGUGUUGAUAAUUGGCCAUCGUUCAGUUUGUCGAGUGCUGAUGGCCUACUUCAUGGACCUGACAAGAGAGGAUAUUACUGACAUGGAUGUACCUCUUGGAAUGCUCUAUUCCAUUGAACCCAAGCCAUAUGGCAUUGCCUUCCACGCAUACAAGUACAAUGAGGCGAAAGGCUGGUUUGACGAAAUGCCCAAUUACAGACCUCAAAAGGCCGCCCGCGGAAGCGUCUAA